CCAUUCUCGACAUCCGCUUAAACAGUUUCGCGAAACACGAACGUUCAAAACAUUCAAGAUCUUCAAAGCUCAUUGAAGCUGCCUUGGUAACAAAUUCUUCCGUACUCAAAACCGAUAAUGGACCCCAGUUGUGGAAAAAAUUCGAUACGCCACUCUACAAAAAACUCAAAAGGGCUCAAGGAUACAUGGAAGAAGUGGCCAUUGACCUUCUUUCCUUGAAGAUGUCUUUAUUUUCUGAACGAGAAAAAAAUACUCCUUCUACAUUAUUAGAAACGUAUUUGUCAUCGCCUGAAUUGGAUUUCAAAGAUAUUAUCGGAGUAAUAUGUGACUUUCUGCUAGCUGGAAUUGACACUACUACUUACACCACUAGUUUCCUUUUAUACCACUUGGCAAAUAAUCAGCAUGCUCAAGACAAUUUAUUCAGAGAAGCACAUAAACUGUUGCCACAAAAAGAUACUCCCGUUACUGAAAAAAUUCUACAAGAAGCAGUAUAUAGUAAAGCGGUUUUGAAGGAGUCUCUCAGACUUAGACCAGUGUCUGUGGGAGUAGGAAGAGUUUUGCAAAGUGAUGCAGAAUUUUCUGGCUAUUCGGUUCCCUCGGGG